UCCGACUCAUUGGAUUGAAACUCGGUUCGGAAUGUGAGUUGUGCAAAAUGAGAGAGGACUGGAAAAUAUAGCGUCAGUUGUUUUUGCACGGUGGGACGACAUUACAUAAGAGUGGAAAUGAGAGCGGUGCUCGCGUGGAAGGAAACAUUUCGUGAGCAAUGUAUUUAUGACCUUGCCUUCAAGCCAGAUGGCAGCCAACUCAUUAUUGCUGCAGGACCUCGUGUCCUGGUUUAUGACAUGUCAGAUGGGGCUAAUUUUCACCCGCUUAAAGGACACAAAGACACAGUAUACUGUGUGGCAUAUGCCAAAGAUGGCAAAAGAUUUGCAUCUGGAUCAGCAGAUAAGAGUAUAAUCAUCUGGACAGCUAAACUCGAGGGUAUUUUGAAAUACACUCACAAUGACUCUAUCCAGUGUGUUGCUUACAACCCUGUCACCCAUCAACUUGCUUCCUGCUCUUCUGGUGAUUUUGGUCUGUGGUCUCCAGAGCAAAAAUCUGUGAACAAAAACAAAGUGAGCAGCAAAAUAACAUGUUGUGGAUGGACAAAUGAUGGCCAGUACCUUGCCCUUGGCAUGAUGAAUGGAGUAGUGAGCAUCCGAAACAAGAACGGAGAGGAAAAGGUCAAGAUAGAGCGCCCUGGAGGCUCCUCCACACCCAUCUGGUCCAUAGCCUGGAAUCCCUCUAAGGAUGAACACAAUGACAUUCUAGCUGUGACAGACUGGGGACAGAAGUUGUCUUUUUAUCAGCUCAGUGGAAAACAGAUUGGGAAAGACAGGAUGCUGACCUAUGACCCGUGUUGUGUCAGUUACUUCUCUAAGGGUGAAUAUAUAGUCAUGGGUGGCUCUGACAAGCAGGCCUCCCUCUACACUAAAAACGGGGUGCGGUUGGGCACUGUUGGAGAACAGAAUUCCUGGGUGUGGACGUGCCGGGUUAAGCCUGACUCCAACUUUGUGGUGUUGGGCUGCCAGGAUGGGACCAUUGCCUGCUACCAACUUAUCUUCAGCACAGUUCAUGGCCUCUACAAAGAUCGCUACGCUUAUAGAGACGGCAUGACCGAUGUCAUUGUUCAGCACCUCAUCACUGAACAAAAAGUGAGGAUCAGGUGCCGUGAGCUGGUAAAGAAAAUUGCCAUCUACAGAAACCGUCUUGCUAUCCAGCUGCCCGAGAAGAUCAUCAUCUAUGAGCUCUACUCAGAGGAUUCUUCAGACAUGCACUACCGAAUCAAGGAAAAAAUUUGCAGAAUGUUUGAGUGCAACUUGCUGGUGGUCUGUUCUCAGCAUAUUAUCCUGUGUCAGGAGAAGCGACUCCAAUGCAUGUCCUUCACCAGUGUCAGGGAAAAAGAAUGGUUGAUGGAGUCUCUGAUUCGCUACAUCAAAGUGAUUGGUGGGCCACCGGGCAGAGAGGGUCUGCUAGUUGGGUUAAAAAAUGGAGCUAUUUUGAAAAUAUUUGUUGACAACCCCUUUCCAAUCACGCUGCUGAAGUUGUCGACAUCAGUGCGCUGCCUGGACAUGAGCACUUCCCGCAGUAAAUUGGCUGUCGUGGAUGAGCACAACACCCUUCUGGUUUAUGAUAUCAACAGUAAAUUAUUGCUUUUUCAGGAGCCUAAUGCCAACAGUGUGGCUUGGAACACACAGUGUGAAGACAUGCUUUGCUUCUCUGGCAAUGGUUACCUUAACAUCAAGACCAGUGACUUCCCUGUACACCAGCAGAAGAUGCAGGGAUUUGUGGUUGGCUACAAUGGCUCAAAGAUUUUUUGUCUCCACGUCUAUUCCAUGUCUGCUGUGGAGGUGCCUCAGUCGGCUCCCAUGUAUCAGUACCUGGAGAGGAGAAUGUUUAAGGAGGCCUACCAGAUUGCCUGUCUGGGUGUGACAGAUAGUGACUGGAGGGAUUUAGCAACAGAGGCCCUGGAGGGACUUGACUUUGAUACCUCCAAAAAGGCCUUUAUUAGGAUAAGGGAUCUGCGGUAUUUGGAGCUCAUUAAUAGCAUUGAGGAGCGGAAGAAGCGGGGUGAGAACGACAAUGAGCUGUUUCUGGCAGACGUCUAUGCCUACCAGGGGAAAUUCCAUGAGGCGGCCAAACUCUACAAACGUGCCGGCCAUGAAUCCAGAGCCUUGAGCAUGUACACUGACCUGCGCAUGUUCGACUACGCUAAGGACUUUGUAGGAGUGACAGACCCUAAGAGCUCACGAAUGCUGAUGACCAAGCAGGCAGACUGGGCUAAAAGCAGCAAGGAGCCCCGGGCAGCAGCAGAGAUGUACCUGUCAGCAGGAGAACAUCUCAAAGCCAUUGACAUUAUUGGCGAGCACGGUUGGGCAGACAUGCUCAUCAAUAUUGCUCGCAAGUUGGACAAGGCAGAUCGUGAAUCCCUGUCAAAAUGUGCGUUCUACUUCAAGAGGCUGAAGCACCAUGGCUAUGCCUCAGAGACCUAUUCCAAGAUGGGAGACCUGCAGGCUCUGGUGCAGCUGCAUGUGGAAACCCACCACUGGGAAGAGGCCUUCUCCCUGGUGGAGAAUCAUUCUCAGUUCAGAAUUGAUGUCUAUGUUCCUUAUGCCCAGUGGCUGGCAGAGAAUGACCGCUUUGAGGAGGCGCAAAAGGCAUUUCAUAAGGCAGGACAGGAGAAUGAAGCUGUGAAAGUCCUGGAGCAGCUGACCGAAAACGCAGUGGUUGAGAACAGGUUCAGUGACGCGGGUUACUAUUACUGGAUGCUGUCUGUGCAGUGUCUGGAUAUUGCAAGGGAAAAUGAAGAACAGAUAGAUGAAAUGUUGGAGAAGUUUGAGCGUUUUCAGCAUCUAGCCGAGCUCUACCACGUCUAUCGCUCCAUUCAGCGUUACAUGGAUGAGCCCUUCAGUUCCCACAUGCCAGAAACACUUUUCAACAUCUGCCGGUUCCUCUUGAACAACCUCACCAAGGACAUACCACCGGGCAUUUCUAAAGUUAACACUUUGUACACUUUGGUGAAGCAGAGUCAAAAACUGGGUGCUUAUAAACUUGCCAGGAAUUCUUACGAGAAGCUCCAGGAACUGCACGUUUCUUCUGGCUUCCAGGACGCUAUAGAACUGGGCAGCCUCCGGAUUCGUUCCAAACCCUGCCAUGACAGAGAGGACCUGAUCGAGGACAUGAUGUGCUACCGCUGCUCCACCAACAACCCACUGCUGAGCACACAGGGCAGCAUGUGCAUCAACUGCAGGCAGCCUUUCAUCUACUCUGCAUCGUCAUAUGAGGUGCUACCCCUGGUGCAGUUCUACCUGGAGGAGGGUAUCAGUGAUGAGGAGGCAGUGUCUCUUAUUGACCUGGAAUCUCCUCACACGGUCCUGAAGACUGAACACUCCCAAGACAGCAGUGAGCCUCAGGCUUUGAGGAUGGAUGAUCAUUUGGCCGAUUCAGACGACGACCCUUUCACAGCUAAGAUGAGCUUCGAGCAGGGGGGCUCAGACUUUGUCCCGGUUAAGGUGAGUCGCUCGGCACUGUGCUCCAUGAGCAGGAGGGAUGUCCUGAUCAAACGCUGGCCACGGCCACUCAAGUGGGAAUAUUUCCGCUCCCUGCUGCCUGAUAUGAGCAUCACCAUGUGCCCCACCUGCUUCAAGAUGUUCCACAGUGAAGAUUAUGAGCUUCUGGUACUUCAGCACAGCUGUUGUCCAUACUGUCGCCGACCAAUAGAUGAACCAAACUGACGGGACACCUGUCCGUUGAUCUUUUUUUUUGUUGAUUGACCUUCACUGAUUGUAAUGUACAGUCAAACCUGUGGCUGUUUUGACAUUGAGAAAGUGGUUAUUUUAUACUGCGUGUACUAUGUAGGCACUUAUUUAUUGGCAGGAUGAUGUUAGUGUGUUAGGUGUUGUUGCUGUCUGUCCUCUUGUUCUGAUAAAUGAGUGAACCUGCAGUAUUUGUGUUAGUCAUUAUAAAAAGUGCCAUGUCAGCCCUGCAGGAUUAUUAGGAUCAGAUUACUCAGAGCUGGCACUGAUUACACUAACACACACACAGUAAUCAGAGGUGUAUAAAAAACACAUUUUUAAAGGACAUUAUCAUUCUCCAAAAACUAUCUGCCGGCAAAUACAUCCCACGCAUUAAAAUGCCAAAGCUGAAGGUCAUGUGAUGUUUACUCCUGAAAUGUCUUUUUUAGACUGUCAUAAAGAAACAAGCUAUUUCAAUAAACUAUUUUUAUGAUUGUAUU